AGCGUCAUCGACGGUCGCCACGCUCGGUAUAACCUUCCACUCCAUCUCCCACCAACGUACGACAUGCCUUUACCAUGGUAAACCCACAGGCAACUUCGGCGUCGAAUAAAGUUGUCAGGAAGGGCAAGAGAAAGGCUCCGCAAGACGACUCCGUUGCAGAAGAAGCCUCAACUCAGAGUGUUCCCGCUCCAGGAACGCCCUCAAGCAUCACUUCUACUGUCCCCACCAAGGCUCAUGACGGGGGCAAAAAACCGCGCCGAACCACCAAGCCCAAGGCAGAUGGAUCGAAGCCAGCAAAGCUUCGUCGCAAUGCCUCUUCCGCAGUUGUUGAGGCCACCGUACCGUGGCCGGCGCACUUUACGAAGCUGGCGCAAACGCAGAAAGCCUUGAACUUGGUGUACACCUUUUGCUGUACGCGGAAACAUUUCGCUACAACACUGGAUAACAUCAAAAGUGCCGUCGAAGGACACAUAAAGCGCGAGCUGCUGGUAGACGACAUUGCCCAAAUCAAGGCGCUGGUACCACGGGCGAUCCACUUUGAGUAUGUGGAUGAGGCUAUGCUGCAGGUCAACCUCAUGGGCUCGGAAGACAAUAUAGCUGGGAAAAGAGCAAGGGAAAGAGAAUUCGUCGUCGAAGAGGCCGCAGCACUUGCGGAACCCGAGCAUAAAGAGGUACUUUUGUUCGAGUAUGUCGAUGGCGACUUGAAACGGCAGGUCCAGCACUCUAAAACUGGAGAGCCAACCAAGGCCACAAAAAAGCUCAGACAAGAAGACGUCAAGAUGCCCGUCUUCAGCCAGAAACAGAUGAUGGGCUUGAUCGAAAAGCGCAAUACCAAGUUCACGUCGGCAGUGAACCAAUUCUUGAACGACUGUGCAGAGUUAGAAGUUGAUUCCGUGCAGAAACUUCAGGACGAGUCUGUUGCUUAUAUUCCUUUGCCCUCAGAAAGCCGCAGCACCACGCCGGCUCCGAAUCAGGCCAAGCUACCUCCCACAAUUCCAACAGAACGUCAAUCGAUCCCAGAGAUUGUUGAGGAGAUUAAAUCUCUCGAAUGGUAUACGGGACAGAUUGUUCCCGACGGCCACAGGGUCUUUGAUCCACAGCAGCCUAUCUAUGGAGACCUGAAUUUUGAGCUCUCGCAGAGCUUGGUAAAUGCUCUCUACAACACCCGUAACAUCACACAGCUCUAUGCACAUCAGGCCGAGGCUAUAAACAACUUACAUGCAGGUCACAACGUUAUCGUGUCGACGUCUACCAGCUCAGGCAAGUCCCUUAUUUAUCAGAUACCUGUCCUCCAUGAAUUGGAAAAGGACCCCAACACUCGAGCCAUGUACAUCUUUCCUACUAAGGCCCUAGCACAAGACCAACGACGAAGCCUCAAGGAGUUGCUGCGGUUCAUGGAAGGUCUCGAAGAUCUGGUUGUGGAGACUUUCGAUGGCGACACUGCAAUGUCAGAUCGCAGAUAUAUCCGGGACGAAGGUCGGAUCAUUUUCACUAAUCCUGAUAUGCUCCACAUCACGAUUCUUCCUCAAGAGGAGGCAUGGCGAACCUUUUUGCAGAACCUCAAGUUCGUUGUCGUGGAUGAGCUCCACGUUUACAACGGUCUCUUUGGUUCGCAUGUCGCCAUGAUUAUGAGGAGACUACGAAGGGUAUGUGCGGCGGUAGGCAACCGACAUGUCAAGUUCAUAUCGUGCUCUGCUACUGUCGCCAAUCCGGAAGAGCAUAUGAAGACGAUAUUCGGCGUCGACGAGGUCAAGCUCACCGACUUUGACGGGUCACCCUCCGGGAGAAAGGAGUUUCUUUGCUGGAAUACACCUUUUAGGGAUCCUGGGGACCCAACUUCCGGCAGAGGCGACAGUAUGGCCGAAUCUGCUAAAUUGUUCUGCCAACUCAUCUUGCGAGGUGUUCGGGUCAUUGCGUUUUGCCGCGUUCGGAAGCAAUGCGAAGCUCUGCUGGGUGCUGUAAAGACGGAAUUAACCAGUCUGGAAAGACCAGAGGUCAUGGCAAGAGUGAUGGCUUACCGUGGUGGUUACACACCGCAAGAUCGGAGGCUGAUCGAAAAAGAAAUGUUUGAUGGAAAGCUCGUGGGGAUCGUCGCCACCAAUGCCUUGGAACUAGGUGUUGACAUCGGAUCACUGGAUGCGGUACUUACGAUUGGGUUCCCCUAUACAAUCGCCAACCUUCGGCAGCAGAGUGGUCGUGCUGGACGCCGCAACAAGGACUCGUUGUCCGUGUUGGUUGGCGACAGCUUUCCGACAGACCAGUAUUAUAUGCAGAACCCGGACGAAAUCUUCACCAAGCCGAAUUGCGAGCUCCAGGUCGAUCUUGAGAACAUGUUGUGUUUGGAAGGACAUAUCCAAUGCGCAGCCCACGAGAUGCCCAUCCGUCCUGAAGAAGAUUCGAAAUAUUUCGGUUCGCUCCUGUCUCAAGUCGUCGUAGACCGUCUACGUAAAGAUAACUACGGUUUCUAUCACUGCAACGAGCGCUUUCUCCCUUACCCAUCCAAACACGUAGCCAUUCGCGACACAGAAGAGGACCACUUCGCCAUCAUCGACACGACCAACAAUCGCAACAUAGUGCUCGAGGAGAUAGAAGCCAGCCGGGCCUUCUUCACCAUCUACGAAGGCGGCAUCUUCCUACACCAGGGCGACACAUACCUCGUCAAGGAAUUCUCGCAGGAGCGCAUGCUCGCCAGAGUGGAGCGGGUCAAAGUCGACUGGACGACGCAGCAGCGAGACUUCACGGACGUGGACCCGAUCGAAACGGAAGCCAUCCGACGGAUACCGCAGUCACGGUCGCGCGCCUUCUUCGGCCCCAUCCGCAUCACGCAAGUCGUCUUCGGGUUCUUCAAAGUCGACAAGCGGCGGCGCAUCCUCGACGCCGUGCAAGUCGACAACCCGCCCAUCGUGCUGCACUCGAAGGGCAUGUGGCUGGACGUGCCCAAGCGCGCCCUCGACAUCCUCGCCUCCCGCCGCCUGCACAUCGCCGCCGCCAUCCACGCGGCCGAACACGCCGUGCUGGCGCUGCUGCCCAGCCUCGUCAUCAGCACCCCCGGCGACGUGCGCACCGAGUGCAAGAACCCGCUCAAAGAGUUAGUCGCGCGCGAAACGGCACGGAAACGCCCCGCCCGCCUCACGUUCUACGAUGCUCGUGGCGGCGCGCAGGGCGCUGGCAUCUCCGCCCGCGCCUUCGAGUUCGCAGAUACGUUGCUGGCGCGGGCGUGUGCGCGCGUGCAGGCGUGCGCUUGCGCUGAUGGCUGCCUCGAGUGCUGCUGCGAUGAGCACUGCAAGGAGGCGAAUGUCGUGGUGAGUAAAGCCGGGGCGGGGGUGGUUCUGAUGGCGCUGUUGGGCCGGGCGGACGAGAUUGAUGUUGAGGCGUUACCGUGGGGCGAGGAGGAGCGCGUUAUGGGUGGUGUGGAGACGAUUGUUAUGGCUGAGGAGGUGCGGCCGAGGGCGGGGGUUAAGAUUGAGGAGGUGGGUGUGAAGAGGGAGGGGGAGGGGGAGGGGGAGGAGGAGGGUGGUGUUGUGGAUGUUGAUGGGGAUGGGAGAGCGGAGGAGACAGUGGAGGUGCUGGUUAAAGAGGAGCCGAGAGAGGAGGGGGCGGAGGUCUAG